AGAACACGACAUUAAACCAGUGAAAGAAGAAGAACUUUAAACGCAGACUAAGCCUCCAUGUCGCUAACAGCACACAACAUCUCCCGUUUCUUGGUCUAUAUUUGCGCUAUUUUUGAGAAAAUGUAACUGGAGCCCGAUAGGGUUUUGUGCUGCAGAGGCGUGUGUGGAAUAGCAGGUUGUCAUUAGCGACGUUGUAGUUGUUUUCAGACCUGUUUUCGCGUGUGGAUUCGCUAGCUAAGGGCUAGCUCUAAAGCUAGCUCUGAGGCUAGCGCCUCUCUAACUAGCUGCUGAACUAGUUAACCUGAAUUUAGCCCCCACAUCUCCUGCCCGCUGCUAAUCAUCAGGGAUGGGAGGUUUGAGCAGCAGGUUCCAGUCCUCGUCUCAGGGACCAGAGGAAGCUGCAGGGGGCACAAGUCCAAGCCACAAGCAUCGGUGUGAGUGUAAGAAGAGGAAACGAAAUGCCCAGUGUGACUGUGACAGUGAACAAGAGGACGACGAUGCCAGGUUAGAUACACCUCGCAGGCAAAAAUUGAAAAGCACAUCGCGUUACAUUUAUCAGACUUUGUUCCUGAACGGAGAAAACAGUGACAUUCGUAUCUGUGCUCUGGAGCAGCAGUGGAACCUCCACAAAGUGUACCUGUGCCAGUCCGGGUAUUUCUCCAGCAUGUUCAGUGGCUCUUGGAAGGAGUCCAACAUGAUGGAAAUAAACUUGGAGAUCCCAGACCAGAACAUCGACACUGAAGCCCUGCAAGUCGUCUUUGGGUCCUUGUACCGGGACGAUGUCCUGAUCAAGCCCAGCAGGGUUGUCAGUAUUCUUGCAGCUGCUUGUAUGCUACAGCUGGAUGGUUUGAUCCAGCAGUGUGGAGAGACAAUGAAGGAAAACAUUAGUGCGAAGACCGUGUGUGGCUACUAUGCUUGUGCCAGCAUCUAUGGCUUGGAUCUAGUCACGAAAAAGUGUCUUGAGUGGCUUCUGAACAACCUGAUGACUCAUCAAAAUGUCGACCUGAUGAAGGAACUUGGGGGAGAUGUGAUGGAGCUGCUCAUCAAGUCCUCGGACCUGUUUGUCAUGCAGGUGGAGAUGGAUGUAUACACAGCUCUGAAGAAGUGGAUGUUUCUGCAGCUCAAUCCAUCGUGGGACGGCCCGAUCAAACAGCUCCUGGCUGACGCCGACGCCUGGCUUUGCAAACGCAGGACAGACCUGUGUGACAAGGAGCCCUUCUUGAACACGGACGAUGGCGAACCUUUUUGUUCAGUGUUCAAAUACGUCCGUCUGCAGUAUAUCAUCAACGAUCUCGCAUCCGCACGCAUCCUGGAGAGAGACAACAUUUUACCCUCUGAUUGGUUAACGUCGGUGUACAAAAACCAGUGGUUCGCCAUGCUGCGGACCGAAUUUGACAACGAUAAUGGUCCCCAGGAGGCUAACAAAGAUGAGUUUGAGCUGAGCAGCAUGAGGUGCGGAAGAAAACUGACUAAAGAUGGAGAUUACUGCUGGCGGUGGACGGGCUUCAACUUUGGCUUUGACCUGCUGGUGACCUACACAAACCGUUUCAUCAUCUUCAAAAGAAAUACUCUGAGUCAGCCAUGUGGGGGCGCUGUGAGUCUGCAACCUCGAAGGCAUCUGGCAUUCAGGUUACGUCUUGCGUCCUUUGAUAGCCGAGGGAAGUUGGUCUGCAGUCGCUCAACAGGUUUCCAGCUUCUCACCCUCGAGAAGGACCAGGAGUACGUGGUGAUGAACCUGGACAGCCGGCUGUUGACAUUCCCCCUCUACGUGUGCUGCAACUUCCAGUACACGUCGCCUCACCCGGAUCACCGCCCGGAUUCUUCGGAGCAAGACAGCGCCGCCCGCUGCGUGUCCUGAUGCCUGGGCAGCGGCCAGUAGCUGCUGCUGUUACUCUGGUAAUCCCGAGUCACUGACGCUGGCCCGCCGCGUAACACCCAUCACCACAUGCGACAUCACGCUGACCUCAGGCACAACCAUCUGCAUGCCGUGUUACACCGUAACCAGGAGAGAUUAGGCCACUUUUGUCUUCAGAGCAGCUUCAAACUCCCUCUGCCAUGAACUCUGUGCACUGGGAUGUUGGACCAUAUCUCUAACUCACUUAAUAUAUCAAUGGGAACAUCAUCGAGGGAACCGCUCUGAUUGGUGAAACUUGACCUUUUUAGUGUUUCUACUACAGUCUCCGCAAACACAUAAAAGAUGUAAGAUGAGUCCAUUUACAUUUUGACCCAGCGUCUAUAUCACCUGCUGCUGUUUGAUUUUCCGCUGACAGAGAUUUAACUAAUGUGACAAGUUACCCAAUCAAAUGGAGGGCAGCUGAUGGCUAAAUCCAACAGGCAUCCACUCUGGUGUUGAGCUGCAGCCAAAGCAGGCGUUUCCACCAGUGUCUUCGCUCUUUAAAGCCCGGAGCUGCAGCUCCCUCAGUCCUAAGUAGAGCUUUUGAUGAAGCGUAACGACAUGACAAAGUCCACCACCUUGUAAAUUUGAGGGGAAAAAGUACUUAGUAAAUAAUAUAUACUGCAAUAUUCAAGUUAUAAAACAAUAUAGCAAUGAAGUGCUAAAUGUUAUGUAAGAAAGUCCGCACAGCAAUGCUGAUGUUACAUACCUCUGUAUCUUGACAUCAAAAAUCCAGUUCAAUCGUUAUAAACCUUUUUCAUUAUAUACCAGACUUUAGGAGAUUUUGUCUAUUUCACUUGAUUACACAAUUUAAACUUGGAAAUCAGCUUUCUGAUAUGCACAGCAUAAUAUUGCAACUCACGGAAAUUGUUUUACAGACUUCAGAUUUUAAGAAUUUCUAAAUUGUUUACUGUCAAACGUCCACUGCCUCUUUUACAGGUCGGGUUGACACAUUUGGGCGGGCUGUUCAGGCUGCUCCCAUCACAUUAAAUACUUUUGCAAUUGUGUUUUUUGACACGUUUCACUAUGUUUGGACAUUUUGGAAAUCUGUAACCUCAUGCUGUUUUGAAAACCUGUAAAGCAGACAUUUUCUAGUAAGUGACUGUAGUCAUUAGGACCGUCCAUUUGUAACCGUUAAGGGGUCUUAGUUUUUAUUUUAUUUAAUUUUUUUACUUUAUUUGUAUGGAAUUCUGUUUCUGGCAAAAGAAAAUACAAUCCUAGACAGCCAAUAAAACAGUCUGUCUGUCCAGGUGGGCUGUGGUGCUAUCAAAUGGUCCUCUUUUUGUUCCAACCUACCAGCUGCACAGUAAGCAUCGGUUUCAGUAGAUUUUACAAAAGUUCCUGCCUGAUUUCAUACUUGGUGACUUCCACUGGGAUGUCGUUACAGCCAAAUUGAUUUUAUUACUUUUGACAUUCUACACUAUGACUCUUUAUCUACUAGAAGUCAUGUAAAUAUAAUUGUGUAAAAAAAAUAAUCCAGUAUAGUGUAUUUAUAGAAAAGGCUGUUCUAAAAGUGUCACUGUAAAGUACGUUUCCAUAAAAGAAUUUCACAAAUUGUACAGAAUGUUCAAUAAAGUCAGUGAGUCAA